AUGGCGAGGUCAGCGCGACAGCGAUUCGCUGAGAUCUUCAGAGAUGUCGAAGAUUUGAUACUCGAUCACAUCAACCAGCAAGCUGUGUCGAAUCCAAGGUCUAAACUCAAUAUGCUGGUGCCUACCAUUUCUGCCUUUUUUACACCUCUAGCGCUAGAAGAUGCUUUCCGAUACCAAGAUGCGAAGCGUGCCAUCUCCUCCCGUCGUUUUGUUGCCCCCUCUUUCAACGACAUCCGACUGAUCCUCAACACUGCUCAAGUGAUGGCGAUGAUCCAGCCAAAGCCAUACAGACAACUGAAAAUCAAGCUGAACCCUGGACUUGAGCUUUUGACAUUCGAUGGUGAUGUCACACUGUACGAAGAUGGAGCAUCCUUGCAUUCGCCUGAGGCGAACCCAGUGAUCCUGCGUCUCCUUCAUUUUCUGUCUCAGAAUGUCAAAAUCGGGAUCGUGACGGCCGCCGGUUACAUGCAACCCGAGCAUUACUUUAACCGAUUAUCUGGCCUUCUUCUAGCUGUCAAGGAUUCAGAGAAUCUCAGUGCUGCUCAAAAGUCGAAUCUGAUUAUCAUGGGUGGUGAAUCCAAUUUUCUCUUCGUGUUCGACGAAAAGGAAGAACAUUGCUUGCGGUAUAUUCACCGGCGAGAAUGGAUUUUAGAUACCAUGAAACACUGGUCAGAGUCAGCCAUCCAAGAGCUUCUCGACCAUGCCGAGUCUGCGUUUCAAUCAUGCAUUCGCACACUUCGGUUGGAAGCCAAAGUACUCCGGAAGGAACGGGCAGUCGGGAUUUACGCAGCUGACCAGUCCAAGAAGCUCACCCGUGAACAACUGGAGGAAACUGUCCUGGUGGUUCAGCAGGUGGUGGAGACCUCGAUCAAUACAGCCAACUCCGAGAAGCCAGCUUCGUAUGCGGACAUCCCUUUUACCGUCUUCAAUGGGGGUGCCGACGUCUUCCUCGACAUCGGAGACAAGUCCCUAGGAGUACAGUCAUGUCAGAAAUGGUUUGGGGGUAUUCCACCUUCUAGCACGCUGCAUGUUGGAGACCAGUUCCUGAGCGGAGGGGGCAAUGACUUCAAGGCUAGAAGUGCAUGCUGUUGCGCGUGGAUUGCCAGUCCAGCAGAGACUGUGGCAUUAUUGGACGAAAUGAUAGCUCUGGCGAAAGGCGAAUAA